AUGGACGGCGACCGGGUGGACAUAGACGGCGGCGUCAUGGAGGGGGGCGGGCAGAUCCUGCGCGUGGCCACGGCGCUGAGCGUCCUGCGCGGGCUGCCGCUGCGCGUGCGCAGGAUCCGCGCCGGCCGCAGCCAGCCCGGCCUCAGGCCUCAGCAUCUGAUGGGCCUGGAGAUGAUCCGGGAUUUGUGCGAGGGGAAGCUGGAGGGAGGAGAGAUCGGCUCCACGGAAAUCACCUUCACCCCCGGGAAGAUCAAGGGUGGAACCCACCUGGCGGACACCAAAACAGCAGGGAGCGUGUGCCUACUGAUGCAGGUAGCAAUGCCCUGUGUGCUGUUUGCUGCUUCCCCAUCAGAACUUCAUUUAAAAGGUGGGACUAAUGCUGAGAUGGCUCCUCAGAUAGACUACACACUCAUGGUUUUCAAGCCAAUUGUUGAAAAGUUCAAUUUCACGUUCAAUUGUGACAUAAGAAAGAGGGGCUACUAUCCCCAAGGAGGUGGUGAAGUUGUAGUCCAAAUGUCACCAGUCAAAGAGUUGAGCCCAAUAAACCUCACAGAACGUGGCACUGUGACCAAGAUAUAUGGAAGAGCAUUUGUUGCUGGAGCUCUGCCUAUAAAACUGGCAAAAGACAUGGCAGCAGCAGCAGUGAGAUGCAUCAGAAAAGAAAUCAGGGAUCUUUACAUUAACAUUCAAUCAGUUCGAGAACCUGAYGAUCAGGCUGUUGGGACUGGAAGUGGAAUAAUCAUUGUAGCAGAGACUUCAACAGGCUGUUUGUUAGCUGGGUCGUCACUUGGCAAGAGAGGAAAGAAUUCUGACAAAGUUGGCAUUGAAGCUGCAGAGAUGCUGCUUAAAAAUCUUAAACAUGGUGGCGCUGUGGAUGACUCUCUGCAAGACCAACUGAUCAUUUUUAUGGCAUUAGCAAAGGGRGUGUCCAAAGUGAAAAGUGGACCAGUUACACUUCAUACUCAAACUGCUAUACACUUUGCAGAGCAGCUAACAAAGGCCAAAUUUACUGUAACGAAAUCAGAAGAGGAAGAUCCUAGUAAAGAUGCUUACAUCAUUGAGUGCCAAGGAAUGGGAAUGAUAAACUCAAAUUUGUAGGGUUUGAAAAAACAAACGACGUAACAAAAGCAAAACUCAACAUACCUCAGUGAUGUAUUGCACUACUUUUCAGUGGAUUGUAAUAUGCCAGUGAACAGGAGGAUUCUUCUGUCGUAUCUGUUUGAUUUCAAUUUGACUUCAAGGAUGAUUUCUAAUUUUCCUUUGGCAUGCUGUUAAUCUGGGGUGUGUAAAAUUGGAAGUUUUUCUUUUUUUUCUUUUCACUGUUAACAGCAAAAUGAGUACAGACAGGACAGCAAAUAGAAUAAAUGCAUGUUUUGGGGCAUCUGAGAGCAUCAAGUAGGAGAUUUAGGAGUUUAGAUUCACCAAAGUAGAAAAUUACUAUUUCAGUGUCAAAAAAAAAAAAAAAAAACCCACUCCCUUUCAAAGUACGUAGGUUUCAUUCCUUGGGAUCCUUUAUGUAUGUAUGCCAUCAAAUCUGUAUUUCUGUUCAUCUUCUGUAAUCAUUUUGCUUAAAUUGUGAGGAAAACAAUAAAGCCCUAUCGCUAUAUGAAAACCUGAUA